AUGGAUACAGAGGGUAACGACGAGACAAGCGAUCUUCCGACGGUAUAUGAUCUCAUGCAGGAGGUGACACGCCUGCAGCAAAGGGUGCGCGACAUUGGCGACAACGAUCUCAGCAUUUUUGUGGAUGAAUGCGAUGCAAACGACGACUCUUUGUCAGCUGAACAAACCCCACCACGGUACCGACAGAAGAUCGGCACAUUUAGUGGCAACUCCGACAGCUUUUCGAGGUCGGGCAUCUAUUCCGGACGGAAAAUGACACCUCCCGUGGGCAACAUGUCGCCCUACAAGAAGAGCGGUAUCAUGGCAGCGGCUUUUGUACCAAAGACACCACCUACGAAACGACGUGACAGCUCUGCUGGUUGUCGCACAGUGCCACGUUCUACGCGUGUAGCAGCUUUAACCAGAGAAAACAUCUCGUUGCUGCCCACCCCAAACUUUACAGGUUCGAUUUGUGGCUCCCAAAAGUCUCGCACGAGCAAUUGCACGGACGACGGCACUGUGUUUUCACGACUGUAUCAACCAGAUUUCUACAAGAACCGUGAAGAAAAGUCCAAGAACAUACGCGACCGGCGCGAGAGUUUCAACUGUUCGUUCACGCCGCGCAUUAAUCGGCGUGACUCGAUCUCAUCUCUAGAUUCAAUCGGCUCGAGCUCGCAGACAUCGAUGAUGUCGGCCAUGACGGACGUUGUCAACGUGUCCAGUCGUCUGUACGACCCCGACUAUGUCCGCAAACGCAACGCGCGACUGCAGCGUAUGCGACAAGAACGUGAGAUGCGCGAGUGUACGUUCCGACCGAGUAUUAAUGCCAAUGCAAGUGCUACGACCCGUAAGAAGGUAUGA